AUUCCACAGUAAUCCAAAAAACAUAACCAGGAAGAAACGUUUUUCAGAAGUCGCGUGACGUUGACGUCAUGUUGAAUGUGUCGACCACAGAUGCAUUGUCAGAAAUAAUUGACCUGAAAGUAAAUUCAGGACGAGCUGCAGAAAAAUGCUCCGUUUUCUCUGCUGUUGCUGCUUUUCGGAGGGAAAUUCCGCCACCGAGAGGCAGCCUCUCCUCCACCCCAGACCAUCUGACCUGAAUGGAGCUGGAUCAGCCAGGCAGACCCAGCCAGCACACAAUGCACAGACAGAGAAGCGGAUUGGCAGUCUGGUAAUGAGGCGAAUGUGUGUGCCAGAGUUAGACCAGAGGUUUUCUGACAUGGCUGAGACCUUUAAAGAACAGCACGAGGGCUAUGAGGUUAUGGUCCGACAUAUCAGCAACCUGCGUCAGAGCUGCAGGUGUCCCCACAAAAAUACUCUGUUUUUAGCUGAAUGUGUGGUUACGAUCAGAGAUGAGCAUGAGACCAGGUAUAGGAUCUCCCUUAAGAUGAAGGGCUACGACUUUACCCUUAAUGUGGUUCCUGUGGGUGAAGGUGAGGAGGAACCACUGCCUCCACACCUGCAAUUGGCUCAGGAUGAAAUAAAGGGCAUUUCUGAGAGUGCCAAAGCCACCAUCUCAAAGUAUACCGCACUUCAAGAGUUAACUGGCUGGCUGCUCCGUAACAAGGAUCAAAUGGCUGAGCAAGUGAAAGGUGCUGCAGUAAAUUACCAGGAACAAGGAAGACUGAAUGAGAACUUGGAGGAAAACCUGAAGGAAGUGAGGAGGGCGAAGGAGUUGUCGCAGGGAUACAGACAACAGGCUAGGGAAGUCCUCACUGAGGCUGCACAGAUAGCAGGGGCUUAUUUGUAGUUUAUGCAGAUGUUAGAUUCUCAAUUUCAAUCCACCAAUACUUAUACAGGAGUAAUAUCUUCACAGAGGUUAUAUACAAUUAUAUGUAGACACAGAAUUUCAUACUGAUAAUAUAAAUGCUUAUAUAUUGUUAUAAUGUUAUGCUUUUGUCAGGAUACUGAAAUUUGUGUCUGGGAAUGUGUAGCUGUCUGCUUCUUGGUUAUAGAUACGAGUCUUGGAUCACAAUACACCCAUAUGUCAUUUAAUAGUCUAAUCAAAAAGUGGCUUGGCCUCGCAGGGCUCAGUCCUGUGAGACGGAAUUAUCCGUCUUCUUAAUCGUUCAGCACCAAUCAGAAGUUAGGAUGAUGCACACGAAAUCUGUGUAUGUAAAGGCCGGACUUCCUGGUUAGAGGGAGAGUUGUUCGGACUUCCCUGGCAUUGCAAUCUCAGCGCUUAUACUUUGCUU